CCUUUACUUUGUGGCUACUUUUUUUAGGGGAUACUUUGUGGCUACUUAUUCCAGUAUGGAGACAUCGGCUUUAUUUGUUCUAUAAAAAUCCACGCACUUGCGCACAACAGGGUCAUCAGCACACCUACACAAGCAACUGCGCCGUUCAUCCUUGCAGUUCCUCCAUGGCCGCUCCCACCGCCUGCCGCCGUCUGUCCAUCCCAGCUCUAGUGCUGCUGUGCGUUUCACUUCUCCAGCUUGCCCAAGCAAGGCUCCUACCAGAGGACAAAAACGCACUUGAUGACAGCAAGUCGUUCUCCAUCAAAGGUGGCGGCGGGGAGGGUGGUGGCCGGGGCUUCGGUGUGAGCGUAGGCCGUGGCGGGCACGACGUGUCCAUCGCUGUUGGCGGUGGGCUUGGAGGCGGAGCUGGCACUACCCGUGGUGGCGGUGCGAGUGCCGGCGGUGGCGCGGGUGCGGGGGUUGGCAUUGACGUGGGGCGUGGUGGUGUGGAUGUGGGGAUCGGCGGAGGUGGGGGUGGGGCCGGUAGCUCCGGCGGUGUGCGUGCAAGAGGUGGGGCUGGAGGCGGUGUCGGUGUUCACAUCGGGCGUGGUGGGGUGAGUGUGAGCAACGGAGGAGGCGGUGGUGUUGGAGGUGGAAGCGGGGGCAGCAGCGAUGGCAGCUCCGGUGGUGGUAGUGGCGUUGGCCGUGCUGGUAAUGCGGUGGGCGGUGGCGGAGGGUCUGGUAGCGCAAAUGGUUCUGCCGGAAGCGGAGGGGGUAGUGGAGUUGGGUCGGCCAGUGGAGGUGUCGCCGGGGGCUCCGGCAGUGGUGGUGGCCAAGGUUGAUUGAGUUUGUUUACUUUAAGACUAAGAAAUGAAUAUAGCACGGGUUAAGUGGAAUUGGACACUCCCAAUGCUUGUGGGCUUCAUAGGCAAAAUCUUGUAGUGAAAUAGUAUAAUUAAAAAGAGAGAGAGUGUGGUGAGUUGUAUGUUAGUGGAGAUACAACUCUUAGUUUGGUUCCCUAUGCAGUGUGAUCAAUACUCUGAUCCGAUGUGGCCAAGGUCGAUCUAGUUUGUUCACUUUAAGACGGAGCAAUGGAUAUAGCAUGGAAAUUGUUGACGAACUAAUAUCUCUGAGAGAGAUGUUGUAUGUGUAAGGUACUAUAAGACGCAAGUAAUUUGUGAUGCUAUUAUUGUGCUUAA